AUGUCAGGCCCUUCCAGCAGUUCGCAGAGUGCAACUUCCUAUUUGACGGUGCUGGAGAACGAGGUGACCAGUGGCACAGGUCUGAGCAUGCGUAUGCCUGAGAACGACAACCCUGAUUACCAGACCUUUGCUGUAGAUGAGAAUUGUGGCUUUCAUCUGGCCGCUGCGCCAGCAUACGUGCUCUCCCGGAAAGGCUGGUUCCAUGGUGCUGAAGGGUGCCAAGAUGGCGAUCCUGUGCAUUUGUGGAAGGACAUUCGUGGUGGCCCGAAUGGUGGCAAUCAGCGCUUCUUGGUGAAGAGAGGGCAAUUGUUGUUGGAAGGCACCCAACUUGCAGUGAGCCGUGCCGGAGCUGGUGGUAUAUGUUUGCGGCAGUCGCCACAUGAUCGAGCGUUGACCGUCUGCUUGCGGGAUUAUGAUGCAUCCGUCCCUCGCGUAGCCCUGACCUGGACUGAGCAAGUGCCCCUGGAGAUGCAAGCUGUCCAAAGCUCGCACAGUGCGAAUGGACCUGCUGGAGAGGCUUUGCAGGAGAUGGAAGAUGGUCAUGAUGGCCAAAGCUCGCAAAGUGCGAAUGGGCCUGCUGGAGAGAUGCAGGCAGAAUCAGAACGCCUGGAAGAUGUGCCACCACAGGCUUUGCAGGAGAUGGAAGAUGGUCAUGAUGGCCAAAGCUCGCAAAGUGCGAAUGGGCCUGCUGGAGAGGUGCAAGCAGAACCAGAGCGUCUGGAAGAUGUGCUGCCACAGGCUUCGCGGAAAAUGCAAGAUGGCCAAAGCCCGCAAAGCGCAGAUGCAUCUGAUUUGGGAGCUUUGCCUGAUGUGAAUGCAGAAUCGGGAUGCUUGCAACUGAUGCCCCCAGAGGCUUUGUGCUUCUACAUCGGGGAUAGCCUUGGCACUGCCGAUGAGGACACACUCCCUUGGUGUGUGUGUUGGCUGCCGCUGAGCAAGAGCGUUGCGCCCAAUGGCCUUUCUUUCGUGCUGGUUCGCGGCGCUGGGCUGGCUGCUGCUGACUUCGAGGCUGUGGUGAAUAGCUUGAAGAUCCUGAAGGAAGCUCAGAUUCAGAUCGAUUUCACCCCCAAGAACGACAUGGGCAUCAUUGCUCUGGUGCUUGAUUGCACAGUUGCUGCUAAACGCUGUGGCUUGCCGGGCCUGUACCUCAGGGGCGACCACGGCGCACAGCAGAAGUGUGCCGAUUGUGGCAAGGACUUCGUCUUCGAGCUCAACAACGUUUACAUCGCAGACCCGA